CAGAAUGCAUUGAGUGUCUAUAUGAGGAUGCAUACUGGUGCCUGGUAACGUUAUAUGCUGCUAUGACAUGAAUGCAGUGGUGACCGGUGGUGCUCUUUCUUGCAGGGACUGUUUCUGGAUCUUAUUAUUAUUAUUAUUAAGCUCAUGGUAGGCUCUUUAGCAUCAAAAAGUGCACUAAUGAUGCACUACUCAAACUGGCUUAUUGGCGUGAAAAACAGGGCAAGCCUCAGAAAUGCAUGCAAAACACCAGGUAACGUGGAUUAUUGGAACAAAAGAGGAAACAAUCCGCAGCGUGAUGAUGAUGAGAACACAUCCGAGCUGGACGUCGCCACACACCUCUGGAAAAAAGGCUACAAAACAAUCAAGAAAAUCGGGGAGGGCACAUUUUCAGAGGUGGUGAAAACUCAGAGCCUGAAAGAUGGGAAGUACUACGCUUGUAAAACCAUGAAGCAGACAAUUAACAGUGAUGAGGUAACAAUAGAUGUCUGCUUUGAAAUUCUGGAGCAGGCCAACAACCUGCGGGAAGUCCAGGCAAUGAAGAGACUGAGCCCACAUGCAAAUAUCAUCCAGCUACAUGAACUGAUUUUCGACAAAGAAACUGGAACUGUGUCUUUGAUUUGUGAGCUGAUGGAGAUGAACAUCUAUGAGUUCAUACAAGGAAGACACACGCCACUGCCUGACAGCACAGUAAAGAACUACAUGUACCAGCUUUGCAAGUCACUUGAGCAUAUGCACAGCUGUGGGAUCUUUCACAGAGAUGUGAAGCCAGAAAACAUACUCAUCAAACAAAAUGGUCUGAAGCUUGGCGACUUUGGCUCGUGUCGGAGCGUGUACUCCAAGCCCCCGCAUACAGAGUACAUCUCCACACGUUGGUACAGAGCUCCAGAGUGCCUCCUCACUGACGGCUACUACGGCUUAAAGAUGGACAUGUGGAGUGUCGGUUGCGUCUUCUUUGAGAUCAUGAGUUUGAAUCCUCUCUUCCCUGGAACCAAUGAGUUGGACCAGGUUGCCAAGAUCCAUGAUGUGUUGGGGACACCAGAUGAAAGUAUCCUCCAAAAGUUCAAGCAGUCUAGAGCGGUAAAUUUCGACUUCCCCCCUAAAAAAGGCAGCGGUAUCUCGCGGUUACUCCCUCACUGCCCGGCUCCAGCUCUGUCACUGCUCUACCAGAUGCUCGCCUAUGAUCCCGAUGAACGCAUCACUGCAGAAACAGCCCUGCGGCACACAUACUUUAGGGAAGUCAGACUGGCAGAGAAGAAAGUCUCUGGGACCAUGGAAGAACUGGAGAUUAGUGGGACGCACAACUCCUUAGACCACAUCUGGCGCCCAGCCAGACUUGGCAAACAGCUGAGGGGAAGACACACAAGGCAAACCCCUUUAAUAAGCCAUAACCUGAAGCACGUAGCAGAGCCCCUCAUUCGACGGAACGUCCCUCAUCAUCCUACAGAGCUGCCCAAGAUCAACAUGGUCGUACCAGGACCACAGAUCUCCUUCCCGGUCUCCACUAUGCCUGCAUUUACUGUCACCCACCGAGGCACGCUGCCAACCAUCGCGUCGAAAAAGUGCCAGACACGGUUGGCCAAGCCCCGGGAUGAGUCACACCGCGCAGCUUUCAAGACCUACUAUAUUCCACCUCUGGAUAGAAAACAUGGAGGCUACUGAGAGCCAAAACCCCUUCAACAUUUUAUUAAAAAUUGCCUCUUAAAAACAGGAUAGACCUUUACUGUUAAACACAUUGUUGAGAGGACAAUGUUCGGACCGACCUGAUGUUGAAAUCUGUGAAGCAACACAAACAAAACAAAUGCAACGAAGACCGCCAAGCCUGUCAUCUCACCAGUUAUGACUGCUACAUCAAACUGUUCAACCCUCAUUGUAACGAUAAAAUUCAACGUGAUAGCUACACAAACAAUAAUAGUCUGUCAUAUUAUGUUGGAUUGGGAGUUUGUAUUUAGUUACAACCUGUUUUACUUGAUCUAGUCAGGUGUUACAUGUUUACAACUGUUUAGAAAUCUACUUCAAUCUGAGCCUAUUACACAAGCUAAGCAAUAAGAUAACAAGUGAACAGCCAUUUACCAUUGGUGGAUGAAAUGGUUUAACAUCUUUGAUGAGAACAUAGUCAGCUUCUUGGAAAAUAAUAGAGUGCUUUUAAAAAGUCGUCACACCCCUUGGACUUGUUCUGGUUGUAUUAUUUCACAACUUUGAAACUUUGAAUUAGAAAUGAUUGAGUAAGCUUUUUGUUUUUUUUACACUGAUCAACACAAAAAUAACUUGUCUACAAAGUGAACAUGUCUACAAACAGAUCUAAAUUAAGUGCAACUGUAAAACACAAAAUAUGUGUAUUCAUUAGAGCUGCCAACAAUAAAUCGAUUAGUUGUCAACUAUUAAAUUAAUCGCCAACUAUUUUUCGAUUAUAUUGAUUAAUCGGUUUGAGUGUGACAGUGAACAUUCCCUGAUUCCAGCUUAUUAAAUGUGAAUAUUUUCUGGUUUCUUUACUCCUCUAUGACAGUAAACUGAAUAUCUUUGAGUUGUGGACAAAAGACAUUUGAGGACGUCAUCUUGUGCUUUGGGAAACACUGAUAGUUAUUUUUCACCGUUUUCUGACAUUUUACAGACCAAACAACUAUUCGAAUAUUCAAGAAAAUAAUCAACAGAUUAAUCGAAAAUGAAAAAAUAAUCAUUAGUUGCAGCCCUAGCGCUGUGGGACACCUAAAAUAUCACCAAGUUUAAAUAAUAAAUUGAGUGAGAUCACUUGUAUGUAAUUGUGGUGUGACAAGUAGAUCUGGAAGAUCCAACAGUCAAUGUCCUGGUAAAAACUAUGUCAUGAAGACAUUUGAAACCGGAGAGUGAAGAGUAUCAUUCUGUGAUAGGAUACAAGAAAAUGUGAAGCUGUACUGGAGAAUGUUAAUGUCAUGGAUAUUUGGCAGGACUUUAACCAAAUACUACACGCUGACUAAUAGAUGUGCAAAUUUGUAGAGCUAUAAACAAGAAAAACUCCAAAGGCGAGGUUGAAUACUUUUCAAAGGCACCGUAUACUUGUAAUAGUUUCUUUUCAUUAGCUGUGAACAAAAACAAACUGAUUUGUAGGGCAAUAGUCUUCCUGUGCAAAAAGGUUAACAGCAAACACAUUAACAUGAAGUGUUUCACAUUUAUUCUAAGCCACGACAUCGUCUUUGGAGAAGUAUUUUAAAGGCACAUUACUCGAUCCAACUGUAAUGUAAAUAAAUAGCCCCCUGAGGGCAACAAAACACAGACUCGGAAUAGUUAAUAAUGUAUGUGAAAACAUCUGUAUUUUAUAUGGCCUUAAGAAAGUCCUGAUUUUUUAAAAAUGUUUUGUUUAGAAUGUAGCUCAGCCAGUGCUUCAAUUGAAGCAUUGUGGCUUUCAAGAAAAUACCAUUUCAUUCAGAGCUGUGAGCUCAGUAAAAUGGACUUUAUGUUGGGUAUUGUGGCGCAUAAUCAGAGUGAAAAAGUUAUGUGUCAUUUGUAUGAUGUUGUCGUCACGGUGGUACAACCACCUGACACAAAAAUGUUAGAGAACAAAUUGAUGAGAAACAUGAUUCCUUUUUAAUGAAUAAUAAAGUGGGAAAUGUGAAACGUUAUCCACUUUAAAAAGAAUAUUUGCUUCAUUAACUUUCUGCCUAGUGUAUGGGGGUUUGCUGAACUCUUCUUGGCAUCAACAAUGAUUGGUUAUCACAC